CAGAGCAGACCGGCCACAGAGAGAGAGCGUCUCUCGCAUGGCAUCCCGACGAGCAUUUCAGAACGUAUUCCACAGGAAUUUACCACGAAUUAAUCUUCAACUACGAGGCUGUGAAAGUACUGACAAAAGUGUGUGACAAAAAAAAUAUUUUACUGAAUUUUGUGAAUCAAAUGGUUUCUCUGCAAAAAAAGUAAAAAAAAUGGUUUCCCUAAAGAACAAUGCAGUUCAAAGUGAUUAAAUAAAAAAUGCGUUUCAUAGUAAAAGGAUAAAAGCUUCAUACAGAGAUUUCUAAGUUUGUGAAUGGAUUAUAUAUUUUUGGUGCAUAAUAAAAAAAAUAAUAUAUUUAGCGUGUUUUCUCAUACAGUGUGUCUUUAGCGGUAUACAGCAAUAUAUAAUAUAAACUCAAUUAUCUUCCGUCAGUGUUAUAUUAACAAGUGUUAUUUACUUAAGAAGUGUUUCAAUUAAAAUAUACUCUUCCAAACCAUCAACGACUUGUUUACAUGAUUUUUUAGUAUAAAACUUAAUCAUGCCCCAGCACAUGAGUGUGAUGUAAUGCGCGUAUCGAUUGAGACUUCAUUCUGUGAGAUAUUGUACAACGAUAGCAACGAGAUGGAUGAAAAUAUUUUGCAUAUACUUUUUAGUGAAAAUAUCCGCAAUGGUAACAUUACGGUGUCGCUUGCAUUUAAGAAUUUAACAACGGACGGACUUGGUGCUUAUGAGAGUGACAAUGAAACGGACUACUAUCAGGAUGUGAAUCUCACUGAUAUCUUCGGACCAAAGCGGGAUCCCCUGUACAUUGUGGUGCCAAUCACGGUAAUAUACCUGUUGAUAUUUAUUAGUGGCCUCGUUGGCAACAUUAGCACGUGCAUUGUGAUCUCGCGCAACAAGUCAAUGCAUACGGCCACAAAUUAUUACCUCUUCAGCCUUGCCAUCUCCGACUUUCUCCUCCUGAUUUCGGGGGUCCCGCAGGAAAUGUACUACAUUUGGUCCAAGUACCCCUAUGUCUUUGGGGAGGCUUUCUGUGUUCUCCGUGGCUUAGCAGCUGAAACAUCGGCCAAUGCUACCGUCCUCACAAUCACAGCAUUCACUGUUGAACGCUACGUGGCCAUUUGCCAUCCCUUCCUGUCUCACACCAUGUCCAAGCUAUCGCGUGCCGUGCGUCUCAUUGUCUUCAUCUGGCUCCUCUCGCUGGCCCUUGCCAUCCCGCAAGCCCUCCAAUUUGGCAUUGUUAAUCACCUGGGCAUCGAUCAGUGUGGAUUCAAGCGGAUAAUUAUAAAACAUUCAUUUGAGCUCUCCACCUUCCUCUUCUUCUUCGCCCCGAUGACCCUCAUCACAGUGCUCUACCUACUCAUUGGUCUUAAACUGCGAACAUCGAACAUGAUGAAGGGAGACGGUGGGACACAGUGGAAUAGACGAGCUCACAUUAAUUCGUGCAGACAGCAAAAUCAUUUGGGCACACGUCGUGUACUUAAAAUGCUCGUGGCUGUUGUGGUGGCAUUUUUUAUAUGCUGGGCACCAUUUCAUGCUCAGCGUCUUGUGGCCAUUUAUGGGACGGGACCCGAGCAAUCGUUGGAUCCUUUUAUGCUUAAAAUUUAUGUGAUAAUGACGUACAUUUCUGGAGUUCUAUACUAUUUAUCAACCUGCAUUAAUCCCUUACUUUACAACAUCAUGAGCAACAAAUUCCGUGAGGCAUUUAAGGAAACUUUGGCGAAAGUCUGCCGCUUUCGGCGGCAACGGCACCAUACGAAGCGGGCCUACAGAAUACUGUCGAGGAAUCAGCGAAGACGUUUCGGAGCUCAAGAGUCUUCAGAAUAUUCCGGGAACUCACUCAGAGACGAAAGUGUCUACUCUUCCUCUACUCAGAAGCAAUCCAUCGAUUCGGUGACUAUGUCCAGAGGCUAUUCUGUAAAUAGCCACAACAAUGGAACGAUGAUUUUGUUGGGUGACGAAGUGUCUGAUACAUACUUACCCCCAAUUUCCUUGGACAUCCUGAGGAAGUCAAAUGCGGAAGAUUAUUCGCCGUAUCGGACGGUUAGUAAACCCCCGCAGACACUACCACUGUGUACCCACAGCUAUCAGCAGAAGACUGUGAUUAACUUCCAUCCACGUACCAAGUCUCCAAUGAAUGGUCAAUGCAGCGGUAACCACAGUGUAUCCCAACAAUUUGCCAUUCGGGAAACUCCCCUGAAUGACGAUGAUUUCGACAGGAGUGACGUGGUCUUUUUCGCAGCAGACAGAAAAUCCGCAUGGAGACCAAAAGAUAAGUGCUACCCAUGUGAAGCCACACUUCCGGCUGAAGACCUUCCGCCUGCAUCGAAUUGCAAUCACAUCUACUAUUUCUACCAUAAGAGCCCUAAUGAUGGGUUAGAAUUGAGUGAUGGUGCUAGUGAUAGUCAGGAGAAGAUAACUGAGGGAAUGUUACGAGAAAGUGGAGACAAUAAGGAGCUUCCUUCCGCCGAGGGAUCUCCCAAGAAAUUUGAAGUGCAACCAUUGGAGACGGAACUCGAUGCAUACAUGAAGCAAGUUAAGCUACGCGAGAAGAGAUGAGAAAUGGAGUUGAGUACCACAAGCAAGUGGUACUAAAUUCCCCCAUUAAAAAAAUUGAUGAUGAUGUAAAAUUGAUGUGAUUAUUGCACCCAGUAAUUCAAUUUUCAAAGACAUUGUGAUAUUUUUUUUUCUAAGUGAGUUCCGACAGAGUUUAAAAGAAAUGUUCAUAAAAAGAGAUCCCUAUGCGAAUUAUGAGAAGAAAUAUUUUUAAAAGAAAAAAAAGCUGCCAGAAUUUUAUAAAAUAGUAUUUUUUACAGACCUUAUAGUGCAGCCCUUUUGCUCAUCAUUUAUGUAUAUAGCAAUAUACAUGAAUUGAUCUUGUAAUACUCAACAAAAUAACUCAUUAUAGAAAUCAAACAUUGUUAUGCAUAAUUUCUCAUAAUUUGCAAAUUGAUCUUAAACCAGUAAAAAGAAAUAGUCAACAGUGUAUGUAUGUAGGAAAAUAGUUUCAUUUGUACACAUAAGUUCUAUAAAAGAAUCAAUAUAUAGUUGUGCUAAAA